AGGUCAAAGGUGAACGGAGUCCCGCUAUUGUGCUGAGUGGAGUCUGAUCGAGCAGCGGCGUCUCAUCCCUCUUUCCCCGGAUCCUCUUUAAACUCCCUCCCGAACCUUCCCCUUCUUCCCUUGCCACCCUCCCCUCCCCACCCCGGCACGCACACGUCAACGGGCGAACCGGACAUUCAACCAGUGACCAAAGAAUUACUCCUGUCUGUCACACCCAGCAGCAGCAGCAGCAGCGAUGGACCCGAGUAUGGUUGAAGGAGGACUUAAUGUCACAUUAACCAUCAGGUUACUCAUGCAUGGAAAGGAGGUUGGAAGCAUAAUUGGCAAGAAAGGAGAAUCUGUUAAGAAAAUGAGAGAGGAGAGUGGUGCUCGCAUCAACAUCUCAGAGGGGAACUGUCCAGAGAGGAUUAUAACCCUGGCAGGACCCACCACCUCUAUUUUCAAGGCUUUCUCUAUGAUCAUCGAGAAAUUGGAAGAGGACAUCAGUACAUCAAUGACUAACAGUACAGCCACCAGCAAACCGCCUGUCACCAUGCGCCUCGUCGUGCCUGCCAGCCAGUGUGGCUCGCUCAUCGGCAAAGGGGGAUGCAAAAUCAAGGAAAUUAGAGAGUCAGCAGGGGCUCAGGUACAAGUAGCAGGGGACAUGUUGCCCAACUCAACAGAGCGUGCUAUCACUGUUGCAGGCACCCCACAGUCCAUCAUCGAGUGUGUCAAGCAGAUCUGUGUCGUCAUGCUUGAGUCUCCUCCAAAGGGAGUGACCAUCCCAUACCGGCCCAAACCCUCAGGCUCUCCUGUAAUUUUUGCAGGUGGACAGGCAUACGCUGUCCAAGGGCAGCACGCCAUCCCUCAGCCUGAUGUAAGUGAAGGGCCCUCUCUCACCAAACUUCACCAGCUGGCCAUGCAGCAGAGCCCCUUCCCUAUUGCACACAGCAACCAGGGCUUCCAGGCUGGGAUGGACGCAGCGGCACAAACUGGCUCUCUUGAGCUCACCAUUUCAAACGAACUCAUCGGUUGCAUCAUUGGCCGUCAGGGUGCAAAGAUCAACGAGAUCCGCCAGAUGUCAGGUGCCCAGAUUAAGAUUGCGAAUCCUGUGGAGGGUUCUACUGACAGACAGGUCACCAUCACUGGUUCCCAUGCUAGCAUCAACCUUGCGGAGUACCUUAUCAAUGCUCGGCUCUCUUCUGAAACCACUGGACUUGCAGCCAACUGACAUGAAGAAUCUUCAUCAGCAUCUAAUGGCGCCCUUCCCCCAACUUUUUACCAAGAGGUCCCUUAUUGAACUUCAUGCUAAAAUAUUUUAAUCUCACCUUUCCUCUGCUUUGGGUUCUACGCCUCGGUAGUAACCACAGCUUCAUCAUGAUAAUGGUAUCUUAUUUAUUUAUUGAGUUUAAAAUUCCCGUUACAGAUGGUUUUUAAAGACUUCUUUUUUUUCUUCUGCUGUAUAUCUGUUUGAUCUUCUUGAUAAGUGCAAAACAUGUUUUAGAAAAAUCUGAAAAGGCAUAAAUGUUUUUCUUAUGUCAGAUUUUUCUUAGAAAAUGUAAAAAUGAAGAAAAAACUUAACUCAAAAUUAUAGAGGGACUGUUCCCUUCCUUUUUUAAAUAUCUAUUUAUUUUUUAUUUAAGACACAGCUCCUUGUAAGAAGAGAAUCUAGUGCUUAUAUUUGGAGCUGUGCUUCCUGAGCGAUGCAUUGUGGAUUUGACGGGUUUUAAAUGGGUAUAAAUGGCCUAAGUUGAAGUUGAAUGCAGAAAAAAGUUCUACGCCACACUGCAAUUUUUUCAUCGUAUGAAUUUGAACUACAUUUUAUCAGAGGUAAUUUUAUCAGAGUAAUUGUGUCAUUCCUGUUUUUCCAUCAGUUGUAAUUUUUGAUCAGAAGUCUUGACUAUUGUUUUGUAUUGCAUUCUGAUGUGGGCGGGUGCGUCGCCUUGCCAGGUGUGGGUCUGAAUAAGAGGAAAAUAUUUUCUUUUCACUGAAAUUACAAAAGACCAUAGUAAUAAGGAUUAUAACAUUGAAAUGUUGUUUUUAAAUAGAGACUAUUUUUUUUAAUUGCUGGGUUGGGGGAACACUGCAAGGCUACAAAAGACAUAUUGGUCUUUUAAAGUAUAUUAUGCUGAGAUAUUAAUUAUGAUACACUAGAAUGACAAGAUUUCUAGAAUUACUACUAGUUUUCUGCAAUCCUUUUUUGCCUGGGACAGAUUUAAUUUUGUAUUUUUUGCCGGAAGAAGAAACUCACUUUUUGUGCACGUUUUUAAACUAUACAAGAUUUGGGUGCAUUUAAAUUGUUUAAAGACAUAAAAAUAAAAUUGUGAAAGGCCUAAACACA